UAAGCGAAGUCAGGCGACACUAACCCGGGUUAUUCACGACAACGGGUGGUCUCUAAACCGAGUUAAAUAGCAACACCGCACCGCGAGGGCUACUUUGAGAGUCCAUCCCAUUUCCUGGACAAAGUUCCUGAGGGACGGGCCGAAGGAACCGGGCAUGGGAAAGUUCUCCCCGCUUUUUCCGAUGACAUGCGUGUGCUUUUUAAUAGAAAGGCAGGCGCGACGCGAGCGGAGCCGCACUUCGCAACGGAACGCCGAAAGCUCACCGAGUGCCGAGGACACCAAACAAGGAGACGAAGGGCGCUUCACGAGAGAGAAAGGAGCAGAGGAUGUCCAAAGCUGACUGGUCCUACCUACAGCACCUGCUGGAGGAGGGCCAGGAGUAUUCGACGGGCAUCAGCCGCGUCUGGCUUACCGUGCUCUUCCUGUUUCGCAUGCUGGUCCUGGGCACCGCCGCUGAAUCCGCCUGGGACGACGAGCAAGCCGACUUUGUCUGCAACACGCUGCAACCCGGCUGCACAGCUGUGUGCUACGACAGGGCCUUCCCCAUCUCCCACUUUCGCUACUUUGUCCUCCAAGUCAUCUUCGUCUCCACGCCGACCAUCUUCUACUUUGGAUAUGUGGCCAUAAUGGCCGGGAAAGACAAGCAGAAAGAAGAAGAAGAUGGGAAGGAGGCGGAGGAAGGCGGUGGUGGAGGUAGAAGUGGAGGGAGAGCAUCAGAAAGGGACGAUGACAAUGUGACCAGAGACAAUGCGCCAGAGAAGGAGAAACUAGGGGGCGGUGGCAGAGGUAGGCGAGCUGAGAGGGACCCACCUGCCGCUCCUAAACUGAAAGGAAGGUUGCUGUGCGCAUAUGUGUUCAGCAUCCUGUCCAAAGUGCUCCUGGAGGUCGGCUUCAUCGUAGGGUUGUGGUUCCUCUACGAUGGCUUCUACAUUGCAGCGAAGUUUGAGUGCACCUGGUCCCCCUGUCCCCACACCGUGGACUGCUUUGUGUCCAGGCCCACGGAGAAGACCAUCUUCACCAUCUACACCCAGGUGAUUGCUGGCAUCUCCCUGCUCCUCAACCUCGCCGAGCUCCUUCAGCUCGCCGUCUCCCACCGGCUGGCGAAGUACUACCGUACCCAGACCCAGGACCACCUUCCUCGAUCCAAGCAGGUACCGGCUAGACAGGAGGCGGCUUCCGAACCUCCGCCGGAUUCAUCCAGGCCUUACAAUGCAGGGGGUCAUGUCAACCCCCCCGGGCCGGGGGAGGCUCCAUGCUACGCCACACCUUGUGAGAGCUACGGGGACCUGGGGAUCGAGGUCGGCUGGGGUCCCAGGGAGGUCGGGAGUGACCUGCUUCCCAGUUAUGUGAACUGCAUAGGGGCUAUGAAGACCCACUGCCCAAAAGUCCAUUAUAAGGCACACCCAAAGCUCCCUGGGAAAAAGACUAAGGGUGUCCAUAAGGAACACUCGGGGAAGAAGCAUUACGUAUGAUGCAGUCAGAGUGGGGACGUUUAUUUGCUUACGACCACGGAAGCUGUGUUGUUGUUGUUGUUGUUUUUUCCAGGUUCUUUAUUUAAAACAUGAACCCGCACAUGACACUCGACUGCUAGGAGUGCACAAUCAGAGCUCAAACAAGGAGGGGGGGAGGGGGGAGAACAACUAUUGCACUGUGAACUGGAUGCCUCAGAGGCAAGCAGAAAAGAUUUACCAGAUAAAUGGAACCUUUUCAAAGGAAACAUUUUGAGAACACUCCCCAAGGCGAAGAAACCGAGACACCACAAUGAGAUUACAGACAUGAGACGCCUACAUGGCAGUGGAAAAAACUGUGCAAUGGGGGGUCCGCGCUUUAACUAGAUUUAAGCAUAUUCCUCUGGACCCCCCCCUGCUGCCUUCUCUUUCUCCCAUGGCUCCGACCACACCGUGGAAUGUACUGGUCCCCGGAUCCUGCUCUGCUCCCCAGAGGAUAAUGGCUGCGUGGAUGCAGACAUGCAUGCAUGCACUCGCACAAUAUGUGUCCCCCUUUCACCCAGUAAGACUUCUAAGCCCCUCAAGUCGGGGACGUGGGCCAGGGAAGACGAGGUUUAAGUGAAGGAGAGCCAAACUAGAGGAAUUCUGGGAUUGUAAAUGACUUAUCAUUGCCGGUAACCAUGGUGAUUUAGCAAUGAGGAACCAGGGAGGGAGAGGACCACCGCAUACUAGUUCAUGAGAGCUGAAUAAUGGAGGAAGACGUGCAUCUUCUAUGAGAAGGAAACAUUUUUCCAAGAGCUUGAGAGAGAUCAGUGAUGCAUAUUGGAUGGACUGAAAGUAGUACACAUAUGUGCAAACUGAAUUAAAUGAAAUGACUUCAUUAUGUGAAAACUGUAUUUAAUGUUUAAAGUAUUAUGAAGAAAUACCGGAUUUAAUAUUUAUUUUUUGUGGAAAAUAAAGUUUUAAAGUUUAAAUUAA